AUGGUAACCUAUACUCCGCCAGCAGAGGCCCAGGACCUACCCACCAGACUUAAGACCCUCUACUUCAGCAACGAGUUUCCCACAGACGACCUUUCGAACCUUCUGCGCCGGUUACACAACCACAGCAAGCACGGCAGCCAUCCCAUCUUGGCUCGGUUCUUGAAUGAGGCCACAAGAGCGCUGCGAAAUGAGGUCAGCCAGCUACGCGCGGAACUAGCCCAUCUUGUUCCUGCUUUCGAGUCCGUGACGACGUUGGCUGGUGAGGCAAAGCUACGCAAGGGACCGCUUGCUCAGUCUAUCGAUGGAGUGUUGCUUUGCGUGCUGCAGCUGGGGACGUACAUCGGGCACUGCGAGCUAUACCCAGAGGACCAGGCAACCGGGCCCAACAGUCUACUGACUGGCUUGGGAGUGGGUAUACUGGUCUCAACAGCCGUUGCAGUCUCCACAUCCCUGGACGAUGCAGUCACGGCUGGUGUGGAAGUACUGCGCAUUGCCUUUCGUCUUGGCGUGUUCGUGGGCGACGUCUCGCAUAACCUGGAGGCUGUUGAUGCGGAGUCUUCCGAGUCAUGGGCAUACGUCGUCCAUGGGAUAACCGUCGAUGAAGCUCAGAAAGAGCUGGAUAACAUCCAAGCCAAGGAGCGGACGCCAUCAGCUAGUAAGAUCUUUGUCAGUGCUAUCAGCGAAAGCUCGGUCACUGUAAGCGGACCCCCCUCUCGACUCAAGGCCCUCUUCCGCAAUUAUGCCUCGUUCCGUGAUCGAAAGUUUGCCCACCUCCCGGUCUAUGGUGGGUUAUGCCACGCAGCGCAUAUCUAUACGCGUGAAGACGCACAGGCAGUUGUCCAGUCCCCUUCGCUACCAGCGCGAUACAGGCCCGUCGUUCCCGUCAUGUCCACCAGCUCAGGCCAGCCAUUUGUCGCGUCCAGUGCACCACACCUGUUCGAGCAGGUGAUCUUUGAAGUAAUGACCAAACAGAUCGUGUGGGACAAUGUUAUCCGAGGUGUUGCAGAGCGGGUCGCGAAGACCGACGUUCACGCUGUCAACAUCAAGGUCUUUCGUCACUCCCUUCCAGCCCAGCAGCUUUCGAGUGCGUUGACGUCUGACAUGACCGAUCUCCCUGUUGAUACCGACGAUUUCUUGACGUGGGUCGGGUCCGAUGCUGACGACGGGGAAUACCUACCUGGAGGCUCCAUGCAGUCGAAGAUUGCGAUUGUUGGCAUGUCCUGUCGCAUGCCAGGUGGUGCCACGGAUACAGAGAAGUUCUGGAAUCUUCUUGAAGCUGGAUUGGAUGUACAUCGCAAAAUCCCGGCUGAUCGCUUUGAUGUUGACUCGCAUCACGAUCCAACUGGAAAGAGGAUGAACACCAGCCACACCGCGUACGGGUGCUUUAUCGACGAGCCGGGCCUUUUCGACGCACCGUUCUUCAACAUGUCGCCCCGUGAAGCGGAACAAACCGACCCCAUGCAGCGCUUGGCCAUCGUCACGGCAUAUGAAGCCCUGGAGCGAGCCGGAUAUGUGGCGAACCGCACGCCUGCGACGAAUCUAAACCGGAUCGGCACCUGGUAUGGGCAGGCCAGUGACGACUAUCGGGAGGUCAAUACGGGCCAAGAGAUCAGCACAUACUUCAUCCCCGGUGGAUGCCGUGCCUUUGGUCCUGGGCGCAUCAACUACUUUUUCAAAUUCGCGGGUCCGAGUUUCAACUGUGACACGGCGUGCUCGUCGAGUCUGGCCACCAUCCAGGCGGCCUGCACUGCCCUGUGGGCAGGCGAUGUCGACACUGUCGUCGCAGGAGGUCUCAACGUGCUCACCAACUCGGAUGCGUUCGCGGGUCUCUGUAACGGCCACUUCCUUACCAAGACGCCCAACGCGUGCAAGACUUGGGACUGCACGGCUGAUGGGUACUGUCGCGCUGACGGUGUCGGCUCGAUUGUAAUGAAGCGGCUGGACGAUGCAUUGGCGGACAACGACAACAUUCUCGGCGUGAUUCCAGCUGCGGCUACCAACCACUCCGCUAAUGCUGUCUCUAUUACACAUCCUCAUGCCGGCCACCAGUCAGAUCUGUAUCGGCAGGUCAUGGCGCGGGCCGGCAUUGACCCGCUUGAUGUCAGCUACGUGGAGUUUCACGGCACGGGAACUCAAGCAGGCGAUGCCGAAGAGAUGGAGUCUAUCACUAACGUGUUUGCCCCCGUCAAGGGCAAGAGACGAACCUCCAAGCAGCCGCUUCAUAUCGGUGCUGUCAAGGCUAACGUUGGUCACGGAGAAGCUGCUGCCGGUGUGACGGCGCUUAUCAAGGUUCUGCUUAUGCUGCAAAAAGGUGCAAUCCCGCCUCAUGUCGGCAUCAAAACCGACAUCAACCCGGGCUUUCCUAAAGACAUGGACAGGCGCAACUUGCAUAUCCCCUUCGAGACUACAGCAUGGUCUAGGAUCCCAGAGAAAAAGCGCAUUGCGGUGGUGAACAACUUCAGUGCGGCUGGUGGUAAUACCACAUUGGUGCUGGAAGAGGGUCCAGUGCGAGAGAGACUUGGAUCCGAUCCUCGACCCAGUCAUGUCUUCACAGUCUCAGCCAAGAGUAAAAUAUCCCUCAAGGGCAAUCUUCAGCGGCUGGUUGCCUACCUGGACAAGAAUCAAAAUGUGUCUACGGCUGACCUGGCGUACUCGCUAACAGCCAGACGGUAUCACCACAACCAUCGUGUGGCGGUGACCGCUACAGACAUGAGCAGCUUAAAGCAACAGCUUGUUUCCAAACUGGAAGGUGUCGAGUCCAUGAAGCCAAUUCCGACAACCGGAGCGCCACCAGUCGCGUUUGUCUUCACCGGCCAAGGCGCCGCCGACAAGUCGAUGAACCUGCAGCUGUACCACCACUCCCCAUUCUUCCGGUCUCAACUCGAUAGCCUUGACCGUCUGGGUCAACAGCACGGCUUUCCAUCCUUCCUCCCAGCCGUCGAUGGUAGUUUUCCCAAGGACCACGCCUGGUCGCCCGUCAUUACCCAAGUGGCUCACACCAGCGUCGAGAUUGCCUUAGCCAAAUACUGGGAGACAUUGGGUAUCAGACCCGAAGUCGUCGCCGGACAUAGUCUCGGCGAGUACGCGGCAUUUGUUAUUGCCGGUGUCCUGUCCGCCAGCGACGCUAUUUUCCUGGUCGGGUCCCGUGCUCAGAUGCUGGAGUCCUUGUGUACUGCCGGAACGCACAAGAUGAUGGCCGUCAAGGCGUCGCGACGCGAGAUUGAGGAUGCCGUCAAGGACCUUCCGUAUGACCUUGCAUGCGUCAAUGGCCCCAAGGAGACUGUUCUUUCGGGAACCACCGAGCAGAUGGAAGCCGUUUCUGUCCCUCUCAAGGAGAAAGGCUAUAGGGUCAUCUUCCUUGAUGUGCCAUUUGCUUUUCACUCCGCCCAGACGGAUCCCAUUUUGGAGGUGUUUGAGGAGACCGCUAGAAAGAGCGUCAUCUUCCGACCACCAACGCUGCCUAUUAUCUCCCCCUUGCUGCGUAAAGUCGUCUUUGAUGAAAAGUCACUCAAUGCCGAGUACCUGCGCCGGGCGACGCGCGGAACAGUCGAUUUCUUAUCUGCCAUGCAGAACGCGCAAGAGACAUCGAUCGUCGACAAGGACACUGUCUGGGUUGAGGUCGGGCCGCACCCGGUCUGUGUGGCUUUUAUCAAGGCCAGCUUCGACCCUGCUCCUGUAACAGUGGGCUCUUUCCGUCGUGGGGAGGAUAACUGGACGACUCUUGCAGCGAGUUUGGGGCAGCUUCACACAGCCGGGCUGCAGGUGCGCUGGGAUGAGUUCCACCGGCCUUUUGAGGCAUCGCUUCGUCUUCUGGAUCUGCCCACCUACAGCUGGAACGAGAAGAAUUACUGGAUCCAGUACCGAGGCGACUGGGCGCUCACCAAGGGCAAUACGUUCUACGAUGCUGAGAAAGGCAUCAAUCGACAGGCCGCGGCUGCCCCGGUGUCUAGUCUCAGCACCACCACUGUGCAGCAAAUCAUCGAGGAGAGUUUCUCCGGAUCGUCCGGCAAGGUAGUCAUGCAGUCAGAUCUGAUGCAUCCGGAUCUCCUUGCCGCUGCGCACGGACACAAAAUGAAUAAUUGUGGUGUCGUUACGUCCUCCAUCCAUGGCGACAUCGUAUACACCCUCGGUGAAUACCUCUACAAGAAGCUCAUCCCCGCGGCCAAGACCGUGCAUGUCAACAUCACCGAUCUGAAGGUGACCAAGGGUCUUGUCGCCCAAAGCAACACCAAAGUACCGCAGUACUUCCGCGUCACUGCGACAACAGCGGAUAUCAACGCCGGGGCCGCUGACUUCGUCUGGGAGAACGUCGCCAACGACGGCAUCACCUCGGAACCGUUUGCAACUUGCCGCGUGGUGUACGGCGAUGCUGAUGGCUGGCUCUCAUCCUGGAGCCCGCUCGCGCACCUCGUGCAAGGCCGCAUUGAGACCCUCGAGCGUCUGGCCGCGGAGGGAAUCGCCAACCGCUUCUCGCACAAGAUGGCGUACACCCUCUUCGGCAACAACCUUGUGGAGUACGCUGACAAGUACCGAGGCAUGCAAGCGGUCGUGAUGCACGAGUUCGAGGCCUUUGCCGACGUCACCCUCAAGCACGUCUCUGGCGGAGGGAGCUACACCGUGCCUCCGUACUUCAUCGACAGCGUGGCGCAUCUGGCCGGGUUCAUCAUGAACGUCUCCGACGCGAGCGACACUGCCAACACAUUCUGCGUGACUCCCGGAUGGGACAGUAUGCGCUUCGCGCGGCCAUUGGUCGCGGGCCAGAAGUACCGGUCGUAUGUCAAGAUGAUACCGACCGACGACGACCCGUCCGUGUACCUUGGGGAUGUGUAUGUCUUCCAGGAUGAUGUGAUUGUGGGGAUGGUGGGAGGCAUCCAGUUUCGUCGCUACCCCCGCAUCCUCAUGAACCGCUUCUUCGCCGCGCCGGACUCGUCGAUCGCGAAGUCCUAUGCUGCUGCUGGUAGCGCGGGCUCUGCCGUGUCUGCUCCGGCGUCUGCUCCUACUGUUUCGCAGUCCAAGCCUGCGGUGGUAGCGGUUGCUGCUCAGGUCAUACCGUCAGCAUCGACCCCUGCCUCUCCACCAGCACCUGCGCCCGCUCCCGCUCCGGUCCCUGCGACCCCUGCGACCCCUGCUGUUGACUCCGACAGCACAUCCGGCAAGGCUUUGGUCCUCAUUGCUAACGAGGCCGGUCUUGAGCAGUCCGAUCUCACCGAUGAUGCCGCAUUUGCCAACCUGGGCGUGGACAGCCUGAUGAGUCUCGUGAUCGCCGAGAAGUUCCGCGAGGAACUGGGGAUUGUGGUGGCCGGGAGUCUGUUUCUGGAGUAUCCUACGAUCGGGGCUUUGCGAUCGUGGUUGGAGGAGUAUUAUAGUUAGAUCUUGCAUUGUCCUUUGAAUCUUGGUGGAAAUAGUGUGACAGCUCUUUUCGCGCCAAUUUGUUCAUCAUCUG